UAGGAAUUAAAUUUGAGAUGUACCACACCUAACUAGCCUUAAAGAUACACCACAUGGAUUCUUAUAUAUAACAUUUUUCUCUAUUCAUAUUCAUCUUAUUAAAGACACAACAUUUUCCUUUAGUUACAAACAACAUAAGCUUGUUCUUCUUAUCAUGUUUGAUUCCAGUUCCUCUUACGUUGAUUUUCAAUCCUCACAAACCAAGAACAAUACUCACAUGUUCACAUAUUUAACACCCUUCAAAAAACCAAGACUAGAAACUUCAAGCCAAAUAGAAACAACCAAGUUACAGCAAGGAGGGUGUGAAUAUCAAAAAACAGAAAAAGUGAACUUCUCAAAUUUCUCUGUACCUGCAGUGUUUCUCAAACCAACUCAUCGACAAAACAGUUCAAGAAAUGUAUUAUCUUCAGAAAGAGUACAAGAGAAAGAACUGCUACCAACCCUUGAUGAACACUCUGAAGCUGCUGAUAACCAUAGUAGUGCUUUUGGAAUUAGAGAAAAGAGAAAAGCUAGUGAUAUUGAAGUAUGUAAUGAACCAGAAUCUUCUUCUGCAUGUUCACUUGAAGCCUCAAAUGAUCCAAACUUUGGUUUCAGAGAUCAUGAGGAGAAUUAUGACUCGCCAUAUUUUAGUGAUAAUGAGGAAGAAACCUCAGAAAAUAUGUUGAAAGCGAAGCCAGCUCGUGAAGGAAACAGAAUCAAGAGAAGCUACAAGAGUGCAAAGAGUCAUACUUUAACAGAAAGGAAGAGAAGAGAUAAAAUCAACGAGAAAAUACGUAUAUUGAAAGAGCUCAUACCAAAUUGCAAUAAGAUGGACGAGGCUUCAAUGCUUGAUGAUGCCAUUGAUUAUCUCAAGACCCUCAAGCUUCAGCUACAGAUUAUGACAAUGUGUAGAGGACUUUGUAUGCCACUUAAUCAUCUUAUGAUGUUACCACCAACACAUCAUAUGAAUAUGAAUAUGAAUGCACAACAUUUGAUGGGUUUCAGGCCACAAGUACAGUUUCCUAUUCCACAAAUGAAUAAUGGUGUCACAGAUGAUAAUAACAACAUCAGAGUUCAGAUGUUUGGUUUUUCCAACCAAUUACCACCACCAAUGUCAAUUCAUAAUGCACCUUUCACAGUUCCUGUCAUUGGAAACUCUUCCACUGCACCAACCUCUUUUCAGUAACUAAUGAGCAUUCAUGUAGAGAUUCGAAGGAAAGGAAAACUAGAUGACAAUAGAAAGAUUAGGCUUGUUUAAGGCAAGUGUAAAGUUGGUUAACAUCUUACAGAAAUGUAUUUGAUUGUAUAAUAACAACUGCAUGUUGAGAAAAUUCUA